UCCCAUCAGCCUCGGCGCUCGGAGUAGAAGAAGGCGUAAAGGUGACUCUCUGGCCUUCCAGGCCUCUACUCGCCUGUCCCGACUGACGUUGGGCAACAAAGAUGGCGGCGGGAACCAGCAAUUACUGGGAAGAUCUCAGGAAACAAGCUCGACAGCUAGAAAACGAACUUGACCUGAAACUAGUUUCCUUCAGUAAACUGUGUACGAGCUACAGUCACAGCGGCGCCCGGGACGGAGGACGCGAUAGGUAUAGUUCUGAUACAACACCCCUAUUAAAUGGAUCGAGCCAAGACAGAAUGUUUGAGACUAUGGCAAUUGAGAUUGAACAGCUUUUGGCAAGGCUUACAGGAGUAAACGACAAAAUGGCAGAGUACACCCACAGUGCAGGGGUACCCUCCCUGAACGCAGCCCUGAUGCACACGCUGCAGCGACACAGAGACAUUCUGCAGGAUUAUACACACGAAUUCCAUAAAACCAAAGCAAACUUUAUGGCACUACGGGAAAGGGAGAAUCUCAUGGGAUCAGUACGAAAAGACAUCGAGUCAUAUAAAAGUGGGUCUGGAGUAAACAACAGGAGAACUGAACUGUUUCUGAAAGAACAUGACCACCUUCGAAACUCUGAUCGUCUGAUAGAAGAAACAAUAAGCAUUGCUAUGGCAACAAAAGAGAAUAUGACUUCCCAGAGAGGAAUGCUCAAGUCAAUUCACAGCAAAAUGAACACUCUGGCCAACCGCUUUCCAGCCGUCAACAGCCUGAUACAAAGGAUCAACCUUAGGAAGCGGCGUGACUCGCUCAUCCUUGGAGGUGUCAUCGGCAUCUGUACCAUCUUGUUGCUGCUGUAUGCGUUCCACUGAAAGGACGGCCCCAGGACUCUGCCCACCACCUUCAUGGCCUGAUCUGGAGUGGGGAACCUACAAAGGAAAAGACGGUCAGUCCCGGCCAUGGGCCUGCCAGCAGAUGAAUUCUAAACUGCACCCGUGGCUCUGAUCUGAUCGGACUGAGCUGAAGCCAGUUUUUCUGUGCUAUCUUUUCUAAUACACAUUACUCUGUUUUUAAUUUUAAAAACAACAAAAGGUUGCAGUUGCUUGUGUCUUCCUAGGAGGUUAGCAAGCAGAAGCUGAGAACCUUGGCUUCAGUGACUGGGGAAGCCAGAUGAGCAGCGGGCCUCAGAGCUGGACUCCUCACAGCUCCAGGCUCUCUACAUCCAAAGGUGGCUUCUCUUUCAGCUACGAGACUGGAUGUGAAUAAAAGUAAAUCUUACCCUUUUCCUUAUACUUGUGGUGAGAAAUCAGCUAUCUUUUGCUGAUUCUCUGUGAUCUAUAUUCUAUUCUGUGUCCCUAACUCUUGGCAGUCAAGAAAACUUCCAUUUCCCACGGGUUCUGUAAGAUGUUGGUAGGCCAGCCUCAUGUUUGAGGUGGUCUGAAAUGAAGAGCACUGUAAAAGGGGUAUCUCUUUCCUGUUUCAGGUGUGAGCAGUGGGUCAGCUGUACUGCUGCCAAACACAUCAGGACGGCAGGCCGUGCAGAGGGGCAGUCAUUGCUUUACUAUUUCUCCCGUUGGGCUAAUAUUUGCUUGAUAUGAUAAAAGUGCAUUUCCACUGACAGGCAGGCAAGUGUCUGUCAUUGCCCCUAGCAGUCCCAUAUGUGAAGCUUAGUACUAGGGAUAGAGGGAGGGGACUUGGUUCUCAGUGAGGUCUGCUCAUGAGCCACUGUGAGAAGACUGGGGGGUGGCUGUCCGGGCCUUCCUGGCUGUCCGUGUGGUGCAGCCUAGAACAAGGUUAGCAUUUUAUCCUGAUGUCACAGUACUCUUUCCCUGUGCAGAUCUGUCCCUUCCUCCACUGUUGGCUCCUUCCUACUCCCAGGCCACAGGAUGACCACCAAGGGGCCUGUGACUCCUGCCUGCAUCUCUCUCUUGCUUUGGACAGUGACAGAAUUGUGAAUGCUUCUCAAGGUUAGCCAUUUCUCAGCAUCUGUAAACUGAUAACUUGUCAUACUGAACUAGCAGAUAGUGUAAAGACUCCAACAUCUGUGCUCACCAAGAGAGGAGGCUGCUGGUCCCCCUGGAGUGUCCUCUAGCACAUUGUCCACAGGCAGUGAGAGGAAUUAGAGUGUAGCUCUUCACCAUGCUGUGGUGGGGGACAGUGCCUCUGGGCCAACUAGAUACACUUACUGCUCAUGGAUAGAUGGACACCCAGUCUGAGACUGACUGACAGUUUUGACAUUCUGCUGUUGGAGUGUUAGUACAUUCUGGGUAUGAAAGGCAUUUGAUAUAUUUUUCUUAAUUAUGGGGUUUAUUUUUCUAAGUAUGGGUUAAUCAGCUUGUUGACUGGGCAUGCCCUUAAAAGGAAAUUAAAUUUCCCUCUAUGGACCUUAAAGAAUCAGGGAAGUUCGUUUGUUAAAUUCUCUUUGAGAGAACAAAACUUCUCUUCCCUGACACUUCAUUAUCUUUGAUUUUUUUCAAAGGGCCUUGAUUGGCAGUUGUACCUCAGCUAGGCUUUAUGGGAUUUUGGUUGUUAUAUAGUGGGCAGAUAUUAAAUCUGAAGUAUCAUAAAUAAAGUUAUUUAUUUAAAUACACAGCCAGUCUUUUCUACUGGUUUGAUUACAUGCUUCAUUCACUAAAGCUGAUAAGUGAUCGUAAACUAGGACGUGGCCCACCACAGCACAGCAGCUGGGCUGCCCCAGGAGGCUACACUCAGAUAAACAAAUGGAAUUAUGUUGCUUGUUUUCUUUUUGAGAGUAGAUCAGUUCUUUCAAGGAAGGCUAGCUGUAGAUGCUGGGGUCUGACCUUCCAUUGUGGCGCCCUAGAGGAAAGAUUGCUCCUCCCCUUCUGGUUCCACCCUGUGCAGGACCCUGUGGUUGCCCAUUGGAACUUGAGUUUUAUGACAUUCAAUAUUUUUUUCAAGUUCAUUUCUCCCAUUUGAGACUUACCCAGUUAUCAGGCUUGGGUGUUGGCAGUGAAGAAUUUCUUGUCAGAGCCUAAGAUAAGAGCAUUUUUUUAUUUGUGACCCCAGUGAACUGUUGUUCCUCCGCCACAGGUUUUACAGAAUAACUUUUUUUAAAAGAAGAUAUUUUUAGUAACUGUUCAAAACUUCCCACUUCACUAAAAGAUAUGAAAAAUGGAAAGCAACAGCAGAAAAUUCCAGGUGUAUUUGUCUGUCCUGGCUUGAGAGCAUCUCACUGUUCAGCCCUGGCUGGCCUUGAACUCCUGCCUCAGCUUCCUGAGACCCUUGGACUGCUCCCUGAUACAUACCACCAACCCUGGCUCCAAACAGUAAAUCUCUACAGUUUCUCAUGUGUCCCCGGGACUUUUGUGCAAUGCAUUGCUGCUGAGUUCACAAGCCGAAGCCGAGGAUCCUCUGCCUCCUACCCUGGCCACCUUUCACUUUUCCCUUCUCCUUCAUGCCAAUGUUGACUUUUAUUGAGAAUAUCUUUUUGCUUCUUCCUGGUACUCAGAUAAGAAGUGGGGACAGAUGAGGAAGGGCUGCUCUUGAGCCAGAUAGCUGAGUGCUUCCAUGCUGGGUAUGGAUAUGUGAGUGGAAAACAUGCUCGCUGCUCUGAUGCGCUCGCUGUGAGCCUUCGCCACAUUACUGUCCCAUCCUACUGCUGAUGAUUUCAGCUGGAGGGCGUGGCUUUUUGAAUGAGUCUAACCUUUCUGGCUUCUAAUACUUUAUCUUCUGUCUUUAACUAAGUAAGAGUUUUGGAAAUUCAUUGAGCUUUUGAACUUGUAAUAUUAAGCGGUUAGGAUACAUGGCCAUGCCCAAGUCAUUUGUGGCAGAUGUGACAGAGCAGACAAACAUACUCAGAUGACGGAUUGAGAGCACUGUUCUCGUUUUAGAGUAGAGGGCAUUAUUUGGCCUGAUCUCCAAAAAGAUGCAACAUUUCCCACUGCAGUCCCAAACUCAUUCAUUCCCUUGUGUGCUCAUAUGCCCCAUUCUCAGAGGAAAUGGGGGACAAGAAUCAAGGUCUAGGAGUGAUAACCUGGUGAGAAGCUGGGAAAGUUGAGCUAUGUCUUAAAGAAUUUUUUUUUCAAUCUGAUCUAAAAUCUUAGUACCAAAAUAUUUGUACCACACCCUAGUAGCUCAUAGUGAUGGGAGAAAUCAGUUCUGAUCAUACUUUAUUCCGAUGGAAGACGAUUGAGUCCUCGUGAAAAAUGCCAAUACAGAUUUUUUUUAAUCUAUUCUUUUCCAAAUGCACUUUCUAAUUUUUUGCUUUUAAAAUAGCAUCUUGGAACCAAUAUUAUUGUAUUUUUACUUAAUUUUUGUUCUCAUCUAAAUGUGCAUUUUCUGACUGUAUAGAAGAAACUUUGUUAUAUAAUUUAAUAAAUUAAAUAUCUAAAUAGCCA